CGCUAAGAGGCCGCCUUCGGCGGCGCAGGCAUCCGUGUUUGCUGGUGUCCAGUCUAUGGAGGCAGUUGGUGCUGGCGGCGGCGCCGAGGCAGGAGGCGGUGUCCGAGUAGGGGCCUCUGCCCCGCCAGGAUGUUACCGGGCUUGGCCGCCGCCGCUGCGGCCUGCAGAUGUAGCUGGUCCUCUUUCUGCCGGCUUCAUCUGCGCUGCCCGGCAGCGGCCCGUGGCUCCAGCGACCGCCACGAAUGGCGGAAUUUAGUGACAACUGGAAGUUUUGCAUACAUGGUUCCCUAUAGUCACCCACAUAUUUGUGUACUGAGUCAAGUAAAGUUGUACUCUACAAAUGUUCAGAAAGAAGGACAGGGAUCACAAACUCUCAGAGUGGAAAAAGUACCAUCAUUAGAUGAAUCAGCAGAAAAUAUUGGCGCAGAACUCAAAGCCCCACUUAAGCAAGAACCUCUCCAAGUAAGAGUCAAAGCAGUCCUUAAAAAAAGGGAAUAUGGAUCAAAAUACACUCAGAAUAAUUUCAUCACUGGAGUCAGAGCAAUGAAUGAGUUCUGCCUUAAGCCCAGUGAUCUAGAACAGCUCCGAAAAAUCAGACGACGAAGUCCCCAUGAAGAUACUGAGUCCUUUACUGUGUACUUGAGAUCAGACGUGGAGGCAAAAUCCUUGGAAGUUUGGGGAAGCCCUGAAGCUCUUGCCAGAGAGAAGAAACUUCGUAAGGAAGCAGAAAUCGAAUACAGAGAACGGCUGUUUAGAAAUCAAAAGAUAUUAAAAGAAUAUAGAGAUUUCUUGGGAAACACCAAGCCACGUUCCAGAACAGCAUCAGUGUUCUUUAAGGGACCAGGAAAAGUGGUGAUGGUUGCCAUUUGCAUCAAUGGUUUAAACUGCUUCUUUAAAUUCCUUGCCUGGAUUUAUACGGGUUCAGCAAGUAUGUUUUCAGAAGCUAUACACUCAUUAUCUGAUACUUGUAACCAGGGUUUACUAGCAUUGGGCAUCAGUAAGUCUGUUCAAACACCAGAUUCUACUCAUCCGUAUGGAUUUUCAAACAUGCGCUAUAUUUCUUCACUAAUUAGUGGUGUUGGUAUUUUCAUGAUGGGUGCAGGACUCUCUUGGUACCAUGGAGUUAUGGGAUUGCUUCAUCCUCAACCAAUGGAAUCCCUUCUAUGGGCAUAUUGUAUUUUAGCAGGAUCAUUGAUAUCUGAAGGAGCAACACUUCUUGUUGCAGUAAAUGAACUUCGUAGGAGUGCUCAGGCCAAAGGAAUGUCAUUUUAUAAAUAUGUAAUGGAAAGUCGUGAUCCUAGUACAAAUGUUAUAUUAUUGGAGGAUACUGCAGCAGUCUUGGGAGUGACAAUAGCAGCCACUUGCAUGGGUCUUACUUCUAUAACAGGCAAUCCAUUGUAUGACAGCCUAGGUUCGUUGGGUGUGGGCACCUUAUUAGGCGUGGUCUCAGCAUUCCUCAUCUACACCAACACAGAAGCACUCUUGGGACGAUCCAUACAACCAGAGCAAGUUCAGCGGCUUACUGAACUCCUGGAGAAUGACCCAUCAGUAAGGGCAAUUCAUGAUGUUAAAGCCACAGAUCUGGGAUUAGGUAAAGUAAGAUUUAAGGCAGAAGUAGAUUUUGAUGGACGAGUUGUUACAAGAUCAUAUUUGGAAAAACAAGAUUUUGACCAAAUGCUACAAGAAAUUCAAGAAGUGAAAACUCCUGAAGAGCUAGAGACCUUUAUGCUUAAACAUGGAGAAAAUAUUAUUGAUACAUUAGGAGCUGAAGUAGAUAGACUUGAGAAGGAACUGAAAAAACGAAAUCCUGAAGUUCGGCAUGUAGAUUUGGAGAUACUUUAACCUUGAUGGGGUCUUGGAAAUGAGCUUGUCAAGCCAUUCUACAAAGCACGUUUUCCUGCUUCUUCCCAUACUAAAGGAGUCAGCGCCAUUCAGAAGCCAUUUCCUUUUUCAAGACAGAGGAAAUAUUUUAUGUAAAGAGCAAUUGAACAGGCCACAGAACUAAAACUUUUUUCUUCUAAUCAUGUUUUUUGUGCUUCAGUAGGGGACACUUUGGUUAUUUCAGUUGUUCAUAAUUUCAUUUUAGCCUGUCAGUGUGUAUUAUACCUUGCAAUCAUGUUUCCUUUCUUCACAUUGGUAAAAAAUAAGUGGCAUCCAUAGGAUUAUAACUUUUAAUUUUGUUCCUACUGAAGAUUUUACUCCAUCAAAAUCUGCCAAUCUUGACUAUUCUGGCUAAAUUUGGUUCAGGGUUUAUAAACAGUCACUCUCUUUCAAAGUCUGUCUUUCCUAAUACAAUGUAGAAAUUA